GGUACUAUUUGUGGUCGUGGCCAUUGCAGUUUUAAUUAUAACAAAACUAUUAAAACCCAACGAACUUUGGCGACAAGGUGGCACAACAAUAAGAACCAUUAGCAAAGAUCUAAGGAUAGUUUUCCACUAUGUAUCGAGAUCACUUCGAUUCCACCCAAAACCAGUUUUCGUGACGCAAAUAGUAAUGGAUAUUGCACUUUUGUUUGCCGUUCCAAAUUUUUUGUUCGAACCCUCAUAUUAUGGUUCGAAAGAUAUUGCGGCCAUUACUGCAGACAGAAUUAUAGAUAUAACAGGAACAACAUACCAAAAUAUCUCUAAUUAUUCUCCUGAAACCCCCUUAUGUCAUUGAUAUUGCAGGAUUGCAUGGAUCCUCUUAAGGAUUAAGUUACUUCACCGUAAGCUGUGUAGAGACAACGUGGCGGUUUACACCAAAUUUUGCAAAAUUGCAAGGAAGUAUCCGCAAAAAACUGCAUUUAUUUACGAGAGCGAAACGUGGACCUUUUCAGAUGCACUAAACCUUUCCAACAAAGUUGCAAAUUAUUUCAAGGCACGAGGAUACGUAAAGGGCCAUUGCGUGGCUUUAAUGUUAGAAAACUGUCCGGAUUACCCUUGCAUAUGGAUGGGAAUAUCCAAACUGGGGGUAACGAUAUCACUAAUUAAUAUAAACUUAGUUAAGCAUUCUUUGGCACAGUGUAUUAGAGCUGCCAAUUGCAGAGGAUUGAUAUUUGAUUCAAAUUUAUGUAACGCUAUUGAAGAUGUAGCGGGUGAGUUUGCCCAAUUGGAUCUAUUCGAAUACGAUCGCAAUAACGCUAGAAAUGUUAAAUAUAUUAAUCUUAAACGUGAAAUUAACAACUUCUCGACAGAAGAUACUUCAGGAUUCCCUAAAAUUACAGGGCACGAUACUUUGUUGUACAUUUACACUUCGGGUACGACCGGAUUUCCCAAACCCGUAGUUAUUUCAAAUACUAGAUUCUUAACAUUCGCGUGUUUUGCAAACGUUGUAAUGCCGAAAAUGACAGACGUUAUAGCGUAUUGUCCCAUGCCUCUCUAUCAUUCCUCGGGAUGUGGAAUCAUGGCUCUAACGGUAGCAGGUGGUGCAACCCUUGUAUUGAAAAGAAAGUUUUCUGCCAAAAACUAUUGGAGUGACUGCUCCAAGUUUCAAUGCAACUUAGCAGUAUACAUUGGUGAAAUGUGUCGAUAUAUAUUAUCCGUACCGCAGAAUGACGUUAUCAAGCAUAAUGUAAAAAACAUCCUCGGAACUGGCUUACAACGUCAUAUAUGGAAAACGUACAUUGAGAAAUUCCAAAUUGAAAAUGUGUACGAGUUUUAUGGAUCAACCGAAGGAAAUGUUCAAAUCGUUAAUCUCGAUAAUAAGGUAGGAAGCGUUGGUUACAUUCCAAACUUCCUGAAAAGCCUCAUGGGAAUAUUUCUCAUAAAAUACGAUCCGAAUACCGGAGAACCCAUUCGGGAUAAUAAUGGCAGAUGUAUUAAGUGUAGUCCAAAUGAGCCUGGCCUGGUAAUUGGAAAAAUUAGAUCAAAAGUGGCAGUGGAUGGCUUUGCGCGCUAUUUAGAUAUAGAUGCUAGUGAGAAAAAAAUACUUUGGGAUGUCUUUGUCAUUGGUGACAAAUAUUUUAUUGUGGGAGAUGUGCUGGUUUGCGACGAGUUGGGUUACUUUUACUUUCAAGAUCGAAUAGGUGAUACCUUUCGAUGGAAAGGGGAGAACGUUUCCACAGCUGAAGUCGAGGACAUAAUAUGGAAAACCACAAAAUUAAAUCAAGUUAAUGUGUACGGGGUUGAGAUACCCGGAGCUGAAGGACGGAUAGGUAUGGCAGCUAUACUAGGCAAUGACGAUAAGUCACAGCUAAACGUCUUGGCAAAGGAAUUCAAAUCAAAUCUUCCAUCAUACGCAAUACCUGCCUUUAUAAGGGUUCUAGAGUCUUUUCCGAUAACAGGAACGUAUAAAUUAAAGAAACUGGAACUACAGAAAGAGGGAUUCAAUAUCAAUGUGAUUAAGGACAAAGUUUACAUUUUGAGUUCGGGGAAAUAUAUUCCAUUGACCAAAGAAAUUUACAAUGACGUGAUAAAUCAUAGAUUAAGAUUAUGAUUUUGCAAUGGCUAUAGCUCAAUGAUAACAGCCGUUAAAUACUUAUAAUAUGCGAUCAAAAAUGAGUUGCUGUCGAGUCACCUUUGGAAUUUUUGUUUACAUCGGAAAUCGUACUUAACUUGAACUUCCAAAGGCGACUCCACAGCAACUCAUUUUUAAUCGCCCGUUACAUAUGUUUAUAUGAUAUUUAUUUUUUAAGGCAUUUUAAAAUGAUAUACAUACAAUGUAGUUAAUAGAUGAGUUGAUUGUUCAUUGUUAAUUGGGAACAUCUGGUUUCUUUAUCUUGAUCAUACUAGUGUGUGGUGAUAUCUUCAUUAGUUGCCAUUAGUACCUCUUCCGUUUUGACAGAUGAGUUUUUGUACGUGGCUUGCUGCGACCUUUCUUUCAAAAAUGUAGCGUAUAUUGCUUCAAAAAUAACUUUGAAGAUUAAAAACAUUUUUCCCAACAUUUAAGUAAUUUUAAUGUGAUAAUCAAACGUAAUUAAAUUUAUUUAGUAAUUUAAACAUGAAUACAUUUUGAUAUUGUCUGUAGGUAUUGAAGAACCCGAAUGCAGUAUUGAAUUCAUAUACAGCGUGUCCCACCAUAGGGAAACGGCAAUGUAUUUUUUCGCGAAGGAUCCACGAAGCCUUUGAAAUCGUUCAGCGCACUAUUCCAAUCUCUGUAUAACAUCAGGCAAGCGCAAUAGCGUACGUUGAACGCUAACUUCCAAGAUAUAUCAAAGGGGUAUGUAUCAUAGAUCGUUCGCGAAAAAAUACAUUAAUUCUGUUUGCCUAUGGCGCGUUCAACCUGGGACACAUCGUAUAUACAAUAGAAAACACCAUUCAUGAAUACUAGUCACUACAAGACAGAGAAAAAAUAAGCGUUCUAAUGACGUAUCACAUGACCCGUGUCGCCAUUAAAAAAAUUCAAGAUGGCGGUCGAACUCAAAAAUCGUGUGCCAAAAAAAGUUUUUUAGUCUUAAAGUCUCGCUUAAAAUAUAUGAAAUGAUUUCAAA